AUGAUGUUCAGGGAUGAUUUUGGCACAUUUCUGGUCGCCUUCGUUGUCUUCAGCCUCAAGGAAGGAGUUUCUCUUGAUCUGCGUGGCCCCAAAGCUACUGUGAGUCAGAGUUCUACCUCACUACCAGCUUAUAGACCCUCGAAGGCUGUGGAUCGAGAUAUUGGUACCUCAUCACACACAGGGUAUGCCUCCCUAGAGGAACAAACGAACCCCUGGUGGAAAGUGGACCUGGGGGCUGUCUACUGCUUAAGGAAAAUUACUCUGGUUAACAGAAUAGACGAUGUUUUUUCCCAGAAUCCUCGUCGAUUGCACGGUAGUGUAAUUCGUGCUGGUUUGAGCUCCAAUCACCUGCAGAACCCAGAGGUAGGACGGGUUGCUUAUGAUGACGCUAUAAGCGGAGCUGUGAUUGAUUUCCUACCAGACCCCUACGUCACUGCACGAUACGUCAGCGUGGAUAUCCCUAGAAGUGGUCGGGUUGACGGGAUUAAUACCAUACUCAACUUGGUUGAAGUCAUGAUUGAAGAGGUUACCACGGAUACGAUCAAGACUGACACAACAACAGGUGGGAUAAGGAGGAUCAGAUGUGCUGUAAAAACUAUCUAUUUGGGGACCCUGAAUUUAACGGGACUCCCAAGCAGCCAGAGCUCCGAUUACUCUAAUAGUUCUGGUACUUGGUAUGCUUCAGGAGCUGUGGAUGGAUCUUUACUGUAUGGUUAUGAUGUCGCCCACUGUAGUCAUACAGAUUUAGAUCAAAAUCCCUGGUGGAAGAUAGACAUGACUUCUGUUCAUUGCAUUGGGAAAAUUGCCAUCAGGAAUCCAGAUCAUCUUGAACACGACGUUAGAUUACGUUUACAAGGUGCUGUUGUCCGUGCUGGCCUGAGUGAUGCACAUCUUGAUAACCCGACGUGUGGUUCACCAGUAAGCCUGUAUCAAGCCUUAAUCAAUGAUUGGAUUGAAUUCACCUGUGAUCCCUCCAGACCUGCUCGGUAUGUUAGCGUCGAUAUUCCUAGAGAAACCUGGCUUUCACUGGCUGAAGUAAUGGUAUGGCCAUGUGAACUCCAUCCAGCAGCCCUCAAUUUGACUGACAAGCCCAGCACUCAAAGCUCAACAGAUGGUUUCAUCCCUGGUAAAGCUGUAGAUAGCCUUCCAGGGGAACCGUACUGCAGCCGGACAAUGGAAGAAAUGAACCCAUGGUGGAAGCUGGACCUCAAAGCAAGUCAGUGUCUUGGAAAAAUCCGAGUUCGUCCCUCUGUCAACGGACCCCAUUUACAGGAUGGUGUUGUAAGGGCAGGGCUGAGCGACAGACAUACCAAUAAUGUAAUGUGUGGAACUCCAGUGAGUCAAGUCCAAGCUGAAACCGACGAAUUCGCAGAGUUUACUUGCGAUCCGCCUGUACUUGCCCGGUAUGUUAGCGUCGAUAUCCCCGGAAUGGCGAGACUCGGACUAUGCGAAGUGACGGUGAUUACAUGUGAUUUCCAGCAAACAGACAGCGGUAUAGAUUUUACUCUGGUCACAAAUCCUGCUCUCAUUGGAGACAAUGAUGCAAGCAUCACAGCGUACAAAGGUCCUGAUGACAUCACUGCCAGUGUCUCAUUCGGCCGCCAACUAACAAUAAGAGGGAAUAGCGGAGCACUUCCCUCAGGAUCUAUGGUAUCGUCUGAUCCGUCUACAGGAUGUGCAGCUAGAUUGAUCCUGAGAUUACCAGAGGAGGGUGGGAUUGACAGGACAGGCGUCUUCUACUCUGAGGCGAUCAGCAAUGACAUCACUACUAGGAUACAGACCGUCAUUUUAUCGAAAAACGAAAGCACCGUUCAUAUACGUCCCGUUGUGCGGACGCAAACAGCAAGCAUCGGAGACUCUGUGGUGCUGCAAAUGCGUGACGUAAACUCACCAAACACCAACUACAGAUGGCGACGUGAUGGGGGUGACGUCAUUGAUACUUGGCGCGACCUCCUGAGUGUACUGAUAUCGACUGUCGCUAAGGAUGAUGAUGGAGUAUACAGCUGCUUCGUUUCAGAUCAAGAGGAGGAGCAACUGCAUGGAAUCAUGAGGCUCAUAGUUAGAGAUUGUCCUUCUGGACGUUGGGACCCACCAUCAUGUCUGAAAACCUGUCGUCGAUGCUACAAUGGCGGUGUAUGUCAUGACGAGUCUGGUACCUGUGUGUGCGCUCCGGGGUUCAGUGGAGAUAAUUGCGAGCAAGCCCAUGGUCGUAAGGUCUUUGGUAAGACUGCCGAUCAGAGGUGUCUCGGUAGCACUGAUCCACACCGCGAGGCUUGCAGAGGGCGUUUGUUCUGUCUUCCUGAUCCUUAUGGAUGCUCGUGUGCUGCAGGUUACAUGGGACUUGACUGUAUGCAAGAAUGCCCUGAAGGAGCAUUUGGUGCUGACUGUAAGCAGACAUGUCACUGUGCAUCGGGAGGAACCUGCAGUAAAGAUACAGGAGAAUGCAGCAAUGGCUGCGAAGCACCAUAUUUUGGAAGUAACUGCCAGUGCACAACUCAAAAUGGCGUACUUGGGCUGGAGGUGUCGUCAGGCGAUCCUCAUCAACUGUUUGUUGCCUGGCAACCAGAUCCUUGCUCUUCUGGCUACGAAUUGACAACCACGGAUGAGUGUGAAGACACUAUAGCUCAAGAAUCGAUACAAGAAACUUUCCAUUUCAUAACUGGCUUAGAGUCUACACUGAACUACAGAGUUUACAUUCGGCCGUUGUACCCUGGUGAUGUAAAGGGACCUGAGGUGACCAAGCCACCAAUAACAAAGCCAACUGAGUCCCCAACUGAAGUGAAUUCCACCUCGGUGACGUCAACCAGCCUGAGUUUUUCCUGGAGUAAGCCACCUUGUGGAAGCCGAGGUGGUAUCAUCACAGGCUACACGUACAUCCUGACUGAAGUAGGCCCACCAUCUACAGAAGUCGUUCAGUCAGUGACAUCAGAGGAAUCGGUGACCAUCCAGGGUUUAUCCCCGCUCACCGAGUACAGUUUUCAGGUUGCUGCUAGCACCACUGCCGGAGCCGGACUGUACAGUCAGGCUCAAGUGAAAACGACCUUAAAAGUAACAGCGCCCCAAAUGGACACGAAUCCCGCAACUAACUCAUCCUCGGCAGUGAUAGGCGGGUCAGUAGCAGCUGCUGUAAUCCUGAUUCUGGUGGUUAUAAUUGUCGUCAUUGUGCUGUAUAAAAGAAGACGCCGUCGAAAGAACCAGCCUUCUGAUGGCGUCCAUGGAGAAACUUCUCUUCCACAGAACAAAGCUUUCGAAGCAGAUGUGGACUAUCAGGUUCCGGAACCUACAGCGGAACCGGCCCCGUACACGAGCCUUGGCGAUGGUGUAGUCACGAUAUCUUCCGCCCAACCCAUUGCACAGAACCCAAGUAUAUCACAGGAUGUGGAUGAUUAUGAGGUUUGCUCAGCCGAACCUCACGCGUACACAUACAUAGACGCUGACAUCAUGAAGAAGUCGUCUGUACCGCAAACUGAGCGGAAACCGAAGCCCAAACCGCCUCUGAAACCGCACGCUGCCGACGCAACGUAUGAGGUUCCAGAUUCUGCUGUGUACGCAUCCGUGGACGAGGGUAAAGAGAAGUCUUCCGCACCGUCCAUCGCACGUAAGCCGAAGCCCAAACCUCAUCCGAAACCAUCCAUCCCGCAACCAGCUGCGGACGAGGAUGCGCAAGAGCAACUGAUACGUAAGCUAUUCAGUCAGCUGACAUCGGUUCGUGUUGAGGAGCUCCCAGAAUACAUCCGCAAGAAGGAGCAGGCUGGUCAAAAUGGAUUCCCUGCAGACUUCAUGACUCUUCCAGAUGGUCAGUUACGUCCAGCGACUGUGGCUAUGAAACCACAAAAUGAGAGUAAGAACCUUGAUACGGACAUCAUUGUCUAUGACCAUUCGCGUGUCGUGUUGGAGCCGUUGCAGAAUGAUCCUGAUUCUGAUUACAUAAACGCUUGCUACAUCGAUGGUUAUUUGGAGAAGGACAUGUACAUAGCCAGUCAAGGACCAACCGAAUCGACCGUAGGAGAUUUCUGGCGUAUGGUGUGGCAGACGAAGGUGGAUAAGAUCAUCAUGCUGACCAAUCCGGUAGAAAACGGCGAGGUUAAUUGUCAUCAGUACUGGCCAGAUACCGGAAUAAAGACUUAUUCUGACAUCGCAGUAAGCACUGAGAAAGAAGACGUGUUUUUGGACUACACAAUUCGUGCUUUUCGGAUAGACAAGGUGUUUAGUGCGGAAAGUAACAGGCUGGUGAAACAGUUUCAUUUCAAGACCUGGCCAGACAUGGAAGCACCAGAGCACCCGACUACUGUGCUCAACUUCAUGCAAGUUGUGAACGCUGAACAUAACAAGGGACGGACCGUUGUACAUUGCAGUAAUGGUAUCGGCCGCACAGGAACCUACAUCGCCCUGGACUCCAUGCUUGAUCAGAUGCGCCAAGAAGGACAAGUUGAUGUUCUUGGCUUCAUCUAUCGCAUGAGACAAAAACGAAACAAGAUGGUGCAAACACCGGCGCAAUACCGAUUCAUCUUCGAGGCUCUGCUGGCUGCCUCUAAGGAAGAUGACACGUCUUACGAGAACGUAGGGAAGGGCGCCAAGAAAGCGAAGAAACAGGUGGCUGCAAAACUGACUGGAAAAUAAACCUCAAUGACCUGAGUUGACUAAUGAGUUUGAAGAUUGAGAGGCUAACAUUUUAUAUGAAAGUAAACAAUACCCUUUGUUUUUACCCGACUAUCUUCGGGUAUUUUCUAUUCCCCCACCCAAAUUUUGUGUUUGGUUUUUAUUUGCUUGAAAUUGUACACAAAUUAAGCUUUAUUCCCUGUUUAUAUGUCCAGAUAUCGUUUAAUAAUAUGUCAUUUACGUUAAUACACCUUACAACGAUACGUCCUUAAUUACACCAUUAACUAAUUGUGAAUAAUGAGAAUUGUGAAUAAUGAAAAUAGAUAUUUGAGGCAAUCACUUAAACAUCCUUACAAAGCAAAUAAUAACUUCACUUUGUAAUUAAUACCCUUUGGAUAAAACUUAAUCUGCGAACAUUUGUCAUACUUUAUGUUCACUUAUACUCAGAUGUUUUAAAGCACAUUGUA